GGUGCCGUGGGGAUAAUGUGAGCGCCAGACCAACAUCAUUUAAUUUCAUCUUCGCCAGGAGGAGGAUGAGUAAGAGCGGUGGAGAGAUGAAGCAUUAUUGUGAUUGGUCCAGAGAACAAGUUGUUCGACUUCUUCUUGCUGCCGUCUCGCGGGAGGCUCGCAGUGUAGUGAGAGUAAUGGCCCUGAGCGUUGCAGAAGGUACCCCUGCUGCUGUUUAGUUGGUUCUCUCUUCUGUCAGUUGGCUGCUGCUGCUGCUGCUUCCUCCUCUCGCCUCUCAGUUGCUUGUUGUUUUCGAACCGCGGCGGCCGGAUUUUUCGCUGAUGCGAGUGCCCGUCGCGCCGAACUGGACCGCCCGAGGGUGGUGUUAGUGCGUGGAUAGUUUUUUUUUACACCGGGGGUUGCGUCGCCACCCUCUGCACUUUUGUUCCGAGUGAGAUGCCGUGACAAACACGCACCAUGCAAAUGAUGAGAAAACAUCAUUUUGCCAAUUGCUACCAGACCCUCUGCUUCUACCUGUUGCUUCUUCUACUCAUGAUCUCCGAGCACAAGGGCGUGCUGAGUUCGGGCUACUUCGAACUUCAAGUCCUGUCCAUGGUAAAUCAUCGUGGCGAGCUCAAGAAUGGAGACUGCUGUGGUGGUGAGCCACGCGAGAGGCAUACUAAUGCGUGCCAUCUCCAAUGCCUCACAUACUUCAACGUUUGUCUCAAAGAGUAUCAAAGCAACGUGACGUCAACGGGGGCCUGCUCCUUUGGCUCCGUGGACAGCCCGCCCCUCGGGGGCAACUCCUUCACCUUCUCCGACCCCGCAAGAUCUCAAACCAACCUCGUCCUUCCGUUUACCUUCAGAUGGACGAGGUCUUUCACUUUGAUUCUCCAAGCUUUUGACAAACACAACGAAAACACCAGGAUAGCCGAAGACCGUCUGAUCGAAGGGGCCACUUAUUCAGGCAUCAUUGAGCCCAGCACUGAAUGGCACACUUUGACACACAAAGGUCAAACGGCCAACUUUACCUAUAGGAUACGUGUGCAAUGUGAUGCCAACUACUACAAUGUGACCUGCACGAGCUUCUGCAGGCCGCGGAACGACAAAUUUGGGCAUUACAAUUGCAGCAAAACUGGCGAAAAGAUCUGCAUGGAGGGAUGGCAGGGGAAUAACUGUGAUGUUGCUAUUUGUAAAAAAGGUUGCAGUCAGCAUGGCAAGUGUGAUCGACCCGGGGAGUGCGACUGCAGACAAGGUUGGGAAGGCGAGUUGUGCACCAAGUGUUCGCCAUACCCGGGGUGCAAGCACGGCUACUGCAGCAACAAGCCUUGGGAGUGCAUUUGCAAUGAUAAUUGGGGUGGCAUUCUUUGCGACCAAGAUCUCAACUACUGCGGCACUCACGCGCCGUGCCACAACGGCGGCACCUGCAACAACAUCGCCCCCAACAAGUACCAGUGCAGCUGCCCCGAGGGCUUCUCAGGCAUCGACUGCGAGAUCGUGGAGAACCCGUGUGCCGUUGCCCCGUGCAAGAACAAAGGCGUCUGCUCCGAAGCCAACGGACACUUCAACUGCACCUGUGCCCCCGGAUGGACCGGACACACUUGCGAAACCAAUAUCGAUGAGUGCGUCUCCUCGCCCUGCAAGAACGGCGGCACCUGCGACGACCUGGUCAACAACUACAGGUGCAAUUGCCAGCUCGGAUGGAAGGGACCCACUUGUGAAGAAGACGUGGACGAGUGCAAAGCGUCCAAGUCGCCGUGCAUAAAUGCAGCGUCAUGCCACAACCUCCCAGGUAGCUACAAAUGCCAGUGUCUCGAGGGGUGGACCGGCCGACAUUGUGACCACAAUAUUAAUGACUGCGUUGGACAAUGCCAGAACGGGGCCACAUGCAUCGACUUGGUUAACAACUUCCAUUGUGCCUGCCUGCCCGGAUUCACAGGCAAGGAAUGCGACGUCAACAUUAACGAGUGUGAAAGCAACCCCUGCAAGAACGGAGGCGAGUGCAACGACGGAAUUGAUUCUUUCCGUUGCAUUUGUCCCGUGGGUUUUGUGGGCAAGACGUGCGAGGUGGACCACGACCACUGCAAUCCCAACCCUUGCAAAAACGACGCACCCUGUCUGGUCAACGCGCAGGAGGAGGGUUACUUUUGUCACUGCCCACAAGGCUGGGAGGGCAAGAACUGCAGCAGCCCUGUCAGCAAUUACGUGGACAGUUGCUCGGCGCAAUCUUUGUUGUCCAACGGCAGCGCCACAGGCAUUUGCGGCCAACAUGGCACGUGCGUGGCCCAACCCGGAGGCAACUAUUGGUGUCAAUGUGACCCUGGCUACACCGGCCAGUUUUGCCACGAGAACAUCAACGACUGCGCGGACAACGUGUGCAAGAACGGCGGUACUUGCGUGGACAAAGUCAACUCGUUCCAGUGCUACUGCCGAGACGGUUGGGAAGGCCAGUUUUGCCAAAUUGAUCGCAACGAGUGCGACUCGAAUCCGUGUGAGAACGACGGCUUCUGCCAGGACGCCGACGCCGACUUCAUCUGCACCUGCCGCAACGGCUGGAAGGGCAAGAGAUGCAGCCUGAGGGACAGCCACUGCGACCAGAACACGUGUCUCAACGGCGGCACCUGCAAGGACCUGGGCAACUCCUUCCAAUGCCGUUGCCCGCCCGGCUUCGAGGGCAGCGUCUGCCACAUAGCCAAAUCGCAAGCAUGCCAGUCAAAUCCAUGCAAAAACGGCGCCACGUGCGUCUCGGACGGUCUUGGCUUCUACUGCAUCUGCAAAGACGGUUUUGAGGGGCGAACUUGCGAAAAGAACUCGGACGAUUGCAAUCCGAUGCCGUGUCACAACGGCGGCCAGUGCGUGGACGGCGUCAACUGGUACCGUUGCGAGUGCGCCAACGGUUUCACAGGGCCCGACUGCAGAAUCAACAUCGACGACUGCGCCUCCAGCCCUUGCAAACACGGCGGCACCUGCUUCGACGGCAUUGGCACGUUCAAGUGCGAUUGUCCGCCUGGACGCCAUGGACCACUUUGUGAAAAAGGCGAUGUCAUUUACGAAUUGGACUGCUCUUGGCGCGGCCACUUCAUCAAACCCAACGUUUCGUGGACCGAAGACUGCAACACAUGCACGUGUCUGAACGGCCGCGUGAGUUGCACCAACGUGUGGUGCGGCCCUCGAAACUGCCGCGAGCCGCAACACGCGUGCACCGGGCCUCAGAAGUGCGUCAACGCGCCUCCUGAGAACUGUUUGGCCUCCGAGUGUGAACCGUGGGGCGUGUGCAGACCCAUUUCGUACGCCCUGCAGGACCGACCGCCCUCGCCUGACUGCUGGCCAAACCAGGCGGUGCUCAGUUCGCGGUGCGCCCGCCUCAGCCUCUUGCUGGACCGGAGCAAACUGAAGCCGGGCACCUCUGUCGAGGGCAUCUGCGGGCAACUGAGGAAGAUCGCAUCCACCUACCAGACCAUCAAUGGCGACACCAACCUGCUGGUCAUUGUGUGCGAAAUGAAGACCGGGUUCAACAACAUCAUUGAGGUCACAAUGUCGGCCAACCCGUCUGACCUUUCGUCCGAAGUGCUGGCAGUGACCGAGGGCAUCAAACUGCUAAGCGAGUCGAUCCGCUACAAACUGACCAACGCCUCCAGCCUCUCGGAGGCCAUGCUCGAGGUCAAAGUGGAGACGGUGGUGCACACGAGCGCCCCGGACGGUUCGGCCACCACGGACUGGCUGAUCGCGCUGCUCGGCCUGCUCAUCGUGGCCAUUGUGGUGCUAAUCGUGCUGGUCCUCCUGUGGCAGUGCCGGGUCCGCGUGGCGCCCAAUUUAGACGCGGGGCCUCCGGAGCACAUCGACCUGCGGACAGACCUGGAAAAGUCCAACAACGUCACCUACGAGGAGAAUCUGCACCGGUGCGCCAUUGUGUCCAUCAUUGACCCUUCGCCGAUCGGCGACCGCGACCGUUUCAGUGCCUCGUGCAGCGCCGGCUGCGGCGGCGACCUGGCCGAAGGGGUGGGAGGGGGUGUGGUGUGCGGGGACGACGGCGCCGAGGCCAUCGACCCCAACGUGUCGAACAAUCUCAACUUUGUGAAGGCGUCGAGCGCGCGGAUAUCGAACCAGCUGUUCAAACCGCAGAACCCCGACGUGAGCAAAAACAAGUCGCCGGUGAACAUGAUGGCGCACAAAGACUUCAACAAGCCCAUCAACCUGCGGGUGCUGCCGAUCCAGAGGAACGUGCAGUCGCCCGCCGACAGACAGCCGCACCAACAGCAGGACGUUUUGACUGUUAUUGUGUGAGAGAGAAAGACAAAGCUGGCGCUUGUUGUUGUUGAUUUAGUUUUAGCAGCUCUAUUUUCCAGUGAGACGGAAGUGCUUCCGUCGAGAUCGAUGAAUUUAUUAAACAAAAAGUGUGAUAGCGUUUAAGAAAAUUGCCAUCUAAUGUUAAUUUUAAAUUUAUUUAAAAUGAAAAAUUGAAAAACAGACAGAGAAUUAUUACGAUUAUUAAUAUUAUUUUAAAACUGUGACAUGUUCCUUAGUUAGUCCAGUGCCUGUUUUUUCUAUAUAAUAUUGUAGAAGAAAUCGAUUAAAUGUAAUAAUAUAUAUAUAUGAAAUUCGAAUUGAUUGACGCAAAUUCGAAAGGACUGGAGCUUUUUUAAUGAGAGAUGUAUAAAUUUUUUUAAUUAAUAUAUUUAAAAGUUGUGACUUGAGAAACAGGAUCUUUAUAUAUUGCGCCAGAUAUUGAAAAUGUGGCCUUUUAUAUUUAUAUUGUGCGGCGAAAAUGUGCGAGAUGAUGUUUGUAAGAGAGAGAGAGAGAGAGCUUUUGUAUAGAAAGAAGGGAUUCAAAGUAUGCUAUAACUACAUAAAAUGCUUCAUUUGUGAGGUGCUGUCUGAAAAAUUCAAAGUUCGCAAGAACCAAACACAUUCAAUAAUGUUUUACUAGUGCUGGAGCAGUGAUUUUCAUAUAUUUGUGUAUACAGAUUUGUACUUAAAGAUGACGAAAUUAAUUUUAUUUCUUGUAAUAAAGUCGAGAGUUCAUUAAAGAUAAUAGCUGUAGAAAAAUCUAUGACUUUUAUUAU